AUGCCUCAAGAGUCAAACACUUCACAGUGUCAAAUCCUCGCAACCGUUUCCAGUUCAUCGGUUACGGCUACACCGGAUAGGAAGAAUAUCGCCGAGGCUUUUGACAAGACGCUUGAAAAGAUAACUAACAAAAUCAAUGAAGUGUCUCUUGAUACGACCCCUGCCGGAAAACAAUUGCCUCAAAAUAACAGUUUGAAGAUCAGCCCCACCGAUUCAGAAAGAUCGGAAUCGUCGGGUCACUCCGGCGAAUCGAGCGGUCAAACCAGUUCUACUUCUAUUUCCGAAGAUUUUUAUGAAAGCAAGGUAUCCGGAAGAUCAACCUUCGAUGAAAAGUCACUUUACAUUAGAGGUCAACUCGUAGUGGGUACAUGUAAUAAAUUGAAAGUGUUGGAAGAAAAGCCUGAAUCGGACCUUACAGCACCAAGUUCUCCAGUAAAUUCUGCUUUUGACAGAUUCGCGUCUGUUAGCUCGUCACAACGGCAAACAUUCUCAGCUCAACAAAAAAUAGCGUUGCCGGGUACAAUGAAACCAUCAUCUUCUCGAAUUAUUUCUACGCAAGAAAAAGUCAUUCAAGAGUGCAUCACCCCAAAAACUUCGUCGCGGAUUCGCUGCGUUGCAUGCAUCCAUGGAAAUAUCUUACUAAGUCCCUGUGGUCAUAGAAUGUGUGAACCGUGCGUCCACGAUUUGCGUACAAACACCGUCAAGAGCUCGUGCAAAACGUAUUCCGAAUGUAUAUUCUGCGAAACGCCGGUUGCGGAAUUCAAGAAGAUUGUUCAAAUGGGAAUUUAUCCUACGGUACCAAAACACAACGAAAGAACUCUAGCUUCAGAGCAUCCAGAAGAAACUGCUGCCCGUACACUUUCCUUGGCUUUUCCCGGUAUGACACAGACGACGACACGACCGGUUCAACCCAUGACUGCCAUCGCUAAUAGGCCUCAACAGGUUCAAUUCGGUGAACUCAGCAAAUUGGCAGUUGCACACAAUUGGCCUGUGAUCCCGUGGGAUGUUUCACUAAAAGAGAUCAAGGCAUUCUUUUCGGCUUUCAAGUUGCCAAAUGCAUCGUUAUAUGCGCAAUGUAUUCAUAUUAUCAUGGAUAGAACAACAGGGAAAACUCUCUCUGAAGCCUAUGUUGAAUUGGCGACGCUUGCGGACGCACAUCGCGCGGUCGAUACACGUAAUAUGAAGCCAUUGAAAGGACGGCUUGUAUCAUGUAUGCGAUCAUCUCAGGAAGAUUUGAUGAGAGCGAUAUUUCCGAAGUGGAAAGGUGAAUUUUCUGGAUGCGACGCCGUUGUUACUGCCGAUGUGUUACAGUCGUCUCCUACCGUUCCACACGUCCCUUAUAUCACCAGAGAGGAAAUGAACUCACUUCUGGUCGUUUGUCGCAAUUAUAAGCUACAUUUUUCUCGUAAAUGCGCGGAGCGUCCAUUCGAAAAUAUUAUCAGUGUUCUCGUAAAGUUUCCCUUCCAUCAAGGAGAUCUUUAUACUACUUUGCAACGCGAUCUUUUAUUCGAGAUGUUGAAGCUUGCCAUCGAGUCGCUUAAAAUUCACCUGAGCAAGGACUAUCAUCGCAUCGACGAGACGCUGUUGGAGCGAAUGAUGCGCGCCGGUAUUAUGACACCAGUAUUUACCGAACGGCAGAAACUAAUGAUACUUCAGGUGUCUGGCAUGGCGCUUCCCGAAGAUUUACAAGAUCGCUUAUCUCCCUUCAAGAAAGACGACGACGAAAUGGAUCAUGACCCAGAAAUAAAUAACCAGGUUAAUUCGACUCCUGAUGCCACACGGCCUAGUGGAUCUAGUGAUACAAGUCUUCUUCCUACGAAUCUCCUUAGUUCACCCCAUGCUGAAUUUGUGGAGUACAAAGGUCAUUUCAAUCCUUUCCGAGACGAUCAUGAAGCGAAGGCAAAUUUCCUUCAUAAUGAAUUAAAAUUGGCACAAUCUCAAGUCAGAGCUGCCACUGCCACUGUCACUUCACGCGUUCCUAUCACUCCUCCACGACCGCAACUUGGUACUUUCCAGGCGUUCGACGUGUGGAACCGUCUGAACGAGCGUCGAAAUGCGGAGUUUGGAAGGUUCUAA